UGGUUGUCACGGCGGAGAGGCGGGCCGCGGCGCCGGCAGAGGUUGGUUGCGGCGGUGCCGGGUUACAUAGGGCGGAGUACAGCGUGUCCUUGGGCGCAGACGGAGCGGGAGGUGCCGGAGUGCGGUCGCGGUAGCCGAGGGCGCAGCCAGACAGGCAGUACUGACCAUGGGAGACGUUGAGAAAGGCAAGAAGAUCUUUGUCCAGAAAUGCUCCCAGUGCCACACGGUUGAAAAGGGAGGCAAGCACAAGACUGGGCCCAACUUGAAUGGCCUAUUCGGACGCAAGACUGGUCAAGCUGAGGGUUUCUCUUACACGGAUGCUAAUAAGAACAAAGGUAUCACCUGGGGAGAGGAUACUCUGAUGGAGUAUUUGGAAAAUCCAAAGAAGUAUAUUCCUGGAACAAAGAUGAUCUUUGCGGGUAUUAAGAAGAAGGGCGAGAGAGCAGACUUAAUAGCAUACCUCAAAGUUGCCACUGCAAAGUAAAAGUUAUCUGCUGCCUUAUUUAUUUCACAAAGGAGAUGGCAAUGGAAAUGUCUGUGAUGAGAUUGGUUUUUAAACUUUCUAUUUUUACAUGUACUGUGUCUAACCUUAAAAUCUGUCUCACCCAUCAGAUAACUUUGCUCACGGUGGGUCACUGGAGUACACGCUUGUUUGGCAGCCAUUAACUUAACAAAGACUAUGUAAUUGGGUACAGUCAUCCUUGAUCAUAAAAAUUAAAAAAUAAAUAAACAUUUCCUGCCUCUUCAUUGUUUAAAAAAAUAUGUAAAUAAUAAAAUGAGAAAUUGUCAGCAGCAUAA